UCUGUGGUUAUGUGUCACUUAAAUGAGAUCAAUCUUUAGAACCUCAGUAGUUAAUUUUAUUUUAUUAUUAUAAAAGUAUCUAUAAAAUGUCUUAUAUCACAGGUCCAGAAUACGUUCUCUACGCCUGUACUUGUGGCCUUUUAAAGCCUAUCACUCGUCUAUAUUUAUGUAGAUAUUGCAGCGAGUUACGCUGCCACUUUUGUCUCUGUCAUGAGGUCGAUACAAUCUUCUGCGGCAAGUGUUCAGAAAAUAUUCCAUCGGCCGAAGCCCGGAUUAAGAAAAAUCGAUGUGCUAACUGUUUUAUUUGCCCCAGCUGUCAUCAGGAUCUUUCUACAAGGAGCGCUGCCAAGGGACCUGUAAACCCAGAUGAUGCGAAAUCUCCUAUUAAGAAGACUCAUUACUUGUGUUGUUACUUCUGCAGGUGGAGUUCCAGAGAUGUGGGAAUCCCAGACCAGCCCUCUGCAACUGGAGGAUGGCCAGUGCGUGAAAAUGUACACGCGAAUCAUCUUCAAGAAUUGCUUGAUACAUAUAAACAAAUGAUGUCAGCAGGUAAACAACAAAAGGAAAAUGAUAAAAGGAAACAUAGAACAAAAUUUGUCAGUUACACGGAUCGAACAGGAGUCACAGCAUCAGCACUUAGAAAACGUUUAGGUUUGCCUGAUGUGCCCCACACAAUGUUAAAGCAGCCAAAACCCCCCGAAAGUGCUGUAGCCAAAACUGAAGUUGAGGACUUACCAGAUAAUAUCUUUACCAAACCUGUUAAUCUUUUAGAAGUCACAACAAUUGAACAGAGAUUAUUGCAACCUGAAUCUCAACCAGAGACUAUCGACAAGUUGUUCCCAAUUCAUAAGCAGUUGUCUAUCAAACAGUCUUUGAGGUGUCGUCGAUGUGACCACAAUGUCAGCAAGCCAGAGUUCAAUCCAAAUUCGGUAAAAUUUCGAAUUCAGCUAUUUGCUUUUUACCACAUUCCGGAAAUUCGCAUAGUGACGAUUGAACCUUUAAGGGCCGGUAUUACUUCUGAACUUAUUUUAAAGUUUACAAAUCCAACACAGUAUCAAAUUAGAAUUAAAAUUUUGGACUUGGAUUUGGGAGGGCAGGCCCUUCUGUGCGAACAAGCUGCAGAGGAGGUUGCAGAAAGUUUAGAGCAAACCUUAUCUAUGGAAGAAAAACAACCGACCUCUCUUCAUUCGUUGCCACUAUCUUCGAGCCAACCCAGCAGUCUAUUGAGCUUAUCAUCCAAACAACCUUCAAUUACAAUCAAACCCAGAAAAAUUAUUCAAAAAGUGAACUGCGAUAUUGCAAUGCCAGAGAGUUCUUUUAUAUUGCUGCCAAGGGAUGAUGCAGCUGAAUAUGACGAUUGUGGAGAUCCUCAUAAUAUAGAAGAUGAUAUUAAAUUGGUAAAAUUUAGAAAAUCCAACAAAGCAUUUAUAAAAUUGGCUGCAACUCCAAAAGUUGAUGCAGCGUUGAAUGAUGAAGUGGUCUGUGGUUUUACUAUAUCUGCUGUGGCUGUGGACUCGGAGUCCUCCCACAAAUAUGAUCACAAAGUGAGGGUAUUUGUAAGAUUAGGCAAUAUUGUUGGUUCUGGGUGAAUAAUAUUGUAAUUUAUUUUAACUGUAUUUAACACCAAACUUAAUCUUGUAAUGAUUAAUUUUUUGUCUUUUUGAGAUUCAUUUAAUUUAAUAAAUCAGAUAAUAAUUAUUUGUUUUCUUUUGCUCAUUAACCAGUUUAGAAAAUAAAUGAUAUAACAAUACAUGCAACUAGGGUAGGAUCGCAGUUAUAAAAGGAACCCAAAAGAAAUUUCACAUAAAACGGUAGUUUGUGCCAGAGGCUUUAGACCUCAGCAUGCCCAUUUGAUCUCUUUAAGCUCAUGCCUUCUUUAUCAUGUAUUUUUAGCAUUCUAAUUAGUAAGGUGAUAAAUUUUGGAUAUCAAAACAAGAUUACCCAAAAAUUAUAUAACUGCAGCGCAAAAAAUGAAUGAAACUCUUAAAAGCAUUUCACAUAAGCUCAUUCCAGACAAAAAAUUACUUGGGAAAAAGUACAUUGACUGUGCUUUUCUUCAAAAAAAAUUGCGAUUUGGUCUACUCUUUGUAUUUGAAAUACCCUGUAACGCUAUGAGAUAAUAAAAACAGAAUGUUAGAUAUUUUUACGUAGCACCCACAGGCGUACUCAAUUUUUUUGGAAAAAUUAGAUAGGAGUCAUUUAUAAAUGGAACACACUCUGUAUAUUUUUUAAAAAUUUCAUUGGGCCUUUUAUAAGUUUUUCAAAAAUGUUAAAUUGUCUGGAUAUAUUACUAUUCUCUACCUGCUAUUUUAUCCUAAUUUUAUUCCACUUUGUUAAUGUUAAUUUUAGAAAAUUAUUUUUUUAUUUUUCUAAAAUUGUUUUUAUUCUAAUCAAAACUAAAUAGAGUACUUUGGUUAACUAUGUUAAGUGAAAUUUUGUGUCAAUAUUAACUUUGUAAGAGCUUGUAGAAAGGUUUACCACAUAACAGGAA